GUAGUGUUCACUCCGACGGGAAAGUCAGCAAUUUGCUUGGGGCUUUCCAUUGGUUUACAUUUUAACCGACUGCAGUAUUUUUGUUUCGUUAUAAAAAAUUAUUUCGAAGCUACACAACAGCAAAAAUACACUGAAACAGUGAAAACUCGUACAACAAUAAUUUCUGCUCCUUUGAUUGUGUCGAGUUAGAAGCAGCUGCUAGUGGAAAUCUUCGCAUAUUGAGGAACUCGCAAAAAUCAAUAAACGAGAAAUUUUUGUAAACACGCCAAGCCCUCGACCAGCCUCUGCGCUCAUCCUCCUCCUCCCCUCCACGACAGGUGAACUGUGACCGCCAUCCGUCCUAAAAAGAGCCAUUAGCCAGCGUGACGGUAAAAGAAACGAUUGGUUGACUGGUUAACCACAGCCAUCAUCAUCGUCAGCGACUGUGGAUCGGUAAUCGGUAAUCGCUAGUCUGGGGAUCAUAUCUGUUACGCCUUUCAAAUGUUUUCCAAUCUGCCGCUGGCUGCGCUGCUGCUCCCGCUGCCACUGCUGCUCGUCGCAGUGCAAGCAACGGAGUAUGUGAAUCCGCCCCAGUCCUCUCCGCUUGUGCACCAUCUGGCGAAGCGGAUGGACCUAGAGGUGUGCAUAGGCCACUUUGAUGUCCACAAGAACACGAUAAUCCGCACCGGGGAAUCCCAGGCGAUCGGGGGCAAGUACUUACAGGGCCUCGAGCUGGACACCAUUGAGGAGUGCGAACGCCUGUGCUGCGAGACGGACGCUUGCGACGUGUACAUCUUCGAGCGGAAAGCUGGUGGCUACUGCUACCUGUUCGAGUGCGGUCCGCCAGAGAACUUCCACUGCAAGUUCACGCGGCACGCGAACUACACGAGUGCCGUGCUGACGCCCCAGCCCCAGGCCGCGCCCAGCGACAUGGCCAGCACUCCACGACCGCAGCUGCCGCACAUUCCCAGCAACAAUAUCUCGCAGCAGGAGUGGGAGCUCAGCAACCUCAAGCUUAAGCCGGAAGCGCGGGACAAGCCAACAGUAUCCACGUCUGCGGCUGCGGCUGCAGCUGCCUCUGCCCCCACGUCAGGUGUGGCUCAGCCGGUGGGGACCCCGGUCCAAAGCGCUCCCAUCAACCAGUGUGGUCGCUUCCAGUUCACUUGCCACUCGGGCGAAUGCAUCGCUGUCUACAACGCCUGCGACGGCAUACCCCAAUGCGAAGAUGGCAGCGACGAGGGACCUGAAUGCAUUACCAUUUCGUCACCGGGCACCAAGCCCCCGAGCAGCAACCUGGAACAGGCCAAGCCCAUGGUCCAGCAAUAUCUACCUGUUCCGCCCAUACAGCGGCAGUUGCAGGUUCCAGCUCAGCAAUCGCAGUCGCAGACACAGACACAACCGCAAGUGCUAUCACCGCAGCAGCAACAUGUUAUAGUUCUGGGCCCACCGCCGCCACCCCCACCGAUGGUUAACAAUCGCGAGGAUGCUGCCGCUUGGGCCAAUCGCAAGAUAUUAGCCGAUGGGCAGCAACCCCUGCCCCAGCAACAGCAACAAAUCCAUCUGGCACAACCACAGGGAGAGUUGUCGAAUGCUGAUGAGCAGAGCCACAUAUUCAGCCACAAGGGCGGGCUCCAAUUGCAGCAGGUGGCAAGUGGCCAGGGACAGGGACAGGGAACGGGACUGGGGCAGGUUCAGGGGCACUCAGCACAGCUCCAAUUGCCCGGCUACGACAAUAAUCAAGCUAUUGCGGCUGGCUCUUUAUAUGGGAUGUCACUGCCACGCUCUGGAAUGUAUUUGUCCCCACCGCAGCAACAGCAACUGCCACAGCAACCAUCCUCUGCCCAGCAGGUUCAGCAGCAAAAUGCGAUAUGGCCUCAAGUGCAGGCGCAACCAGCUCCAAUGGCACCUCAAAAACAAAGCCAAGUCUACGUGUCAGCUCCACAUAUGCCGGCCCAACAGCAGGCUAUGCUGCCUGUUCUGAAUGCAGCGCCCACACAUGGCAAGAACCAGGGAGCGGGAGCUGACGAGGACUAUGAUGAUUACGAGGAGGAAAAGUCCACAGAAGCUCCAAAGAAGAAGCAACGAAAGCACAAGAAGGUAAAGUCAAAGACCGCCAAGGACCCCAUAGAGUUGGCCCUCGAGCAGACUCAACAGCUGCAGCAGCAGGAAGUACCUGCUCUGCCCGUUCCUGCUUCGCCUGUGCAUGAGCAAUACAAGAUGAUCCACGAGAACCUGGCCCUGGAGUUUCGCGAUCACGAUGGUCACUCGGAGCGUCCUGGUGGAGCUGUGCUUUCCUUAACGUUCGGUCUGCUCGUGACUGCCGCCCUGGCCAUUCUCAUCGGCUGCCGGAUGCGGACAGUGGGCCGAAGGGCUCGACGUUUGGGCGGCAAGACACCUUACUCCCAGGAGGCGGAUUUCCUGGUCAACGGAAUGUACCUCUAAGGACUGCAAUAUAGGCCAGGGGCGGGAAUUGCAAAGAAUAUUUGAGUUGUUCCAUAGACUUGCACUGAUCUUAGUGCGGGGGAACGUGUCGGUACAUAUAUUUAUGAGUAGUACUGUAAUGAGAAACAUAUUUUAUAUAAACAAAUGUACGAGUAUAUCAAAUAAAAGUAAACUUA